AUGAUUUUAUCUUUUUUUUUUGUUGAAGUAUUCUGUGGAUCCUUCGCGGUUCUGUUGCUUUGCUUUGAACUUGUGCGUUUAUGUAUCUGAUGGAAAUAUUUCUUGGGGAUUGGAGGUGGUUUUUGUUUUGAUUGGGGUUGUUGAAUUGUAUCCCGGAUGAAUGGCGCCGCUUGAAUUGAAAGCAUAAGCAUCAUGUACAGCCCUAGUCUUUCAUGGUGGCUGAGUUUCCAUGUUUUAUAUUAAGGAUUCAUUGCUCGACAGUCCGCGUAGCAUAAAUAGCUAUAGAAGAAGACAUCUAACAUCCAACCUAGACCAAUCCACGUUCUUCUACAUGAAUCACCCCAUCCGCUUCGUCUCUCUAGUCGGCAUCAUCGUCGCCCGAACAGAAUACCCCACACUAACUAUCCUCACGGUUGAUGACAGCAGUGGCGUGACACUCGAUGUCAUUGUCCUCAAAGCUCCGAUUACCGAAGACGAUGGUGACAAGCCCGUCCGAAGCGGCAGAGGAGAGGAUCUACAGUCUGCGCGCGCGACUAGACACGUCGCAGCGACCAAUAAGACAACCGUGGAUACAACGGCCUUGGUCCCGGGUGUCGUGGUACAAGUGAAGGGGACGUUAUCGAUGUUUCGAGGUACAAUGCAGAUUCAAUUGGAAAGGGUUUCCGUGGUCCAGGACACAAACGCCGAAAUGCGCUUUCUCGAUCAGCGGAGUCGAUAUCUUGUUGAGGUGCUUUCUGUGCCAUGGAGUUUGACGGAAGAGGAGGUUGAGAGAUUGCGCUACGAGGCAGAUGAUGAAGAGGAGAAGCUUGAGGAGGAGCAGGAGAGGAUAAGAAGACGGGAGCGAAGACGGACUGAGCGGGAGGAGAAGGACCAGAGGAGAAUUCAGAAGUUAUGGGAGCGAGAAGAGAGACUCAGAGCCAAGGAAGCUUUGUAUAGCCGGGAUGCCGGAGCAAAAUACAUGCGUGACUUCGAAGCAAGAAAGGCAUAGUAGGGUUGGAGCAGUAAUGUUUUGAACGCUGUGUUGCGCAAUCCUACCGAAAAAAUAUUAUAGACUCAACAUGACUUGAGCAAAAGCAUCACAGUGCAAAGAAAAGCGCAGUUUAAUCAUAUGUUACAUGCAAUGGAACUAAAUAGACAUGGCCGUAACACGUAACU